AUUCAUUUUUAGUGUGAUUUUUGACACCUGCUGACAGGCGGUGGUCGAUAUCUUAGAAUUUAUUGUACGUAAUUUUAGUUAAAACACCCUAAAAAUGGCCUGUAAAAUUUGUGGUCCUAAGUUAUCAUUGUGCGGAUUGAUUUUGAGUGUAUGGGGAAUCAUCCAGCUGACUCUGAUGGGAGUCUUCUAUUAUAUAGAAGCUGUAGCUCUUCUAGAAGAUCUGCCCCUUGAAGAAGAAAGCGGCCACCACACUGUAGAUGCAUUUAUUCAUGCAGUUGAAGUAGGAUAUCAAAGGAACUCUUACAACUGUUGGAUUGCGGCUCUUCUCUAUGUUAUUACACUGGUAAUAUCAGGCCAUCAGUUCUGGAUGAACAACCGUUCUUCGGUUAGCAUGUAAUGCGCAAAAAAUUGUACUUUAUUUCUAGGUACAUCUUAUUACUAUUUAUUAGUUCCAUUCCAUUUACUGUAAUUUGUUUGAAUUAUAUCAAACAGAUUUAAAAACUUUAAAAUGUUAAUAUCUAGCUUGUUCUCUUCUGAAAUGUUAAUGAUUAUGUUAUAAGAUUUUAUUGUAACUUUGCGAAGUGUUUUGAAAAUACUUAUAAUUAAUGUGUGAAUAUCUGAGAUUCAACCUCGUUACAACUUCUUAGAACUUUUAAUAACCAUAAUGCACUUUGAAUUUGCUUUGUAACAAAAAUAUGGAUUGUAAUUGCGUAGUUGCAAGUUAAGAAAACCUGUAAUGUUGAGUAUUAUUGAUUAAAAGUGAUCAAAUAUCAAAUAUGUACAUAAAAUAAUUAUUAUUGUAGGAGCAUUGUAAAAUGAAUAUAUAGUAUUUCUUUGAAGUAAACUUAAUAAUGUUUUAUUUGUUAUUUAUUAAUUUUCCUCUGUUAUAAUUUAUGUAAAAUAUAAUAAUUUUAAACUC